AUGCAGCAACCCAUCGACUUGCUAGCUGAUUUUUGGGAGGUCGAUGCCCAAGCCGGCUCUCCCCUCUUUGACGGCACAAUCCCGGCCGAGAUCCGCCUCGAAAUCUUUCGCUAUGCCUUGGCGCCCACUACUGUCAUUUACGGGAGGGAAAACGGCUACGUCAAAGAAACUAUAGACGGACGUGCGUUCUACAUGGACACUUACUGGGAUCAUGACUUCCGUGAACAGACCGGCCACGACGACAAUGUGGAUUCAGACCUUCUCGACAACCUCGACGAAAUGCCACAGAUGGCUAACAUGACUUUCUUUGGGGAUGACGAGCUGUCGUGGCGCGCGUUAUGCUUCCAAAUCGAGCGCUGCUGGUGGUGGUGGACGGGGCCGUGGCAUCCGUUCAACCUCGAGGGGAGCAGCAUUCCUGGUUCUAAGGUGCCAUAUGAUCCGGAACGUUGGUACCCCCCGGGUAUUGCUAGCAGGCCCUUGGAUUCGUGGUCGCGAGAAAAGGUCGAGUGGGAGCAGAGAUUCCGCAGCGCGCGCAUUUUUGGCCAUCCGGGCUUUCCGAGCGACGACUACCUGCUCGGUCACCGCCACCCGCCCCCGUUUUUGAGACUUCAUCAUCUCCGCAUCACCAUUCCCAAGUCUGGGAUGGACGGCUGCUUCGUCCCGGAGAAGAUGGUGAUCAACCCUUUCGGCGCGCAAAGCGGCAUGGAGGCGGCCAUGCGGAUCUCCAAAGAUUUCACACUGGAGCGGGCGCUGAAGCGAGGCGGCGAUGGGCUGCCGGCCGGGCGCCCUGCUUGGAUGCCGCCGGGUCUGGGAUUUGAGCUUCUGGAGAGCGAUGCCGAGCUCCAGGGGCCCUGGGGUCGCAAGUUCGUUAACCUUCCGGAGCUAAGGACGCUUAUUAUCGACUUCGACAUCGACCAGCACCACAGGGAAGAGAUGGGUACCAUUGUGGAGUGGGCUGCUCGUGUCUGGCAGCUGCCGCUCAACCCCAAAACCAACGGCGGCUACCACUACCUAUCCGCAGACGGGAACCCGAUCGAGAAAAUAACAUGGCGCGGGUCCUUUAUACACAGCGUCUGCUGUCCUCGCGGCUGCAAGUUUGCGGAUUGUAGUACUCUUGAAUGGAAAGACAAACAGAAGAUCGUAGAUCGGCAAAUGAGGGGCCUUGGGGCUCGUAUGUAUACAUGGACGGUCAAAUGCACUCGGAGGCGCUAUGACGGGCCCGGGAUCUAUCCCUACAGCGGGGCGAUUGGGGUUCGCGAGGACGACCUGCAGGGCGCCGUGCACGAUGAGGGGAACAGCGACGAUCCAUCCGCAGUCUCUUGCUCGCAUUGA